AAAUUCUGAAAAUAAACCAUGGGCUAGGGUUUAGGCUGGUUUGGGAACUUAGGGGCGCCCUUUUUAGCUGAUUUAGAAAAGCCCUUUGCCUGCCAAAACCAACCCCCACAUGCCUAUAAGCCGAAGCCGCCAACUUUCUCAAUAUAUAGAUAUAAUCACUAUUAUUAGGUUUUAAGACUCAGAAAUUGGAUCCUCCUCAUUUUCUCCGCUGCCCGAAUUCCCUCGGAGUGAAGAUGACUACUUUGAGCCUUACUUCGCCUUGCAUUGUUAAAGUUGCAAUUCCCGAACGAUUUUCAAGUGCUAUUGUCAAAGCCCCAACAUCUCUUGGAUCUGUUAAAAGCAUCUCCAAGUCUUUUGGCUUGAAAUGUUCCUCCAAUUUCAGAACCUCAAUGGCAACUUACAAGAUUAAGCUUGUAGGACCAAAAGGUGAGGUGAACGAGUUUGAGGCCCCCGAUGAUAAGUACAUUCUAGAUGCAGCUGAGGAAGCAGGGGUCGAGCUCCCAUAUUCUUGCAGAGCUGGAGCUUGCUGCACAUGUGCUGGUAAGAUGAUUUCAGGUUCUGUGGAUCAAUCUGAUGGUUCUUUCCUUGACGAUAAACAAAUGGAGGAAGGUUAUCUGCUGACUUGUGUUGCGUACCCAACUUCAGACUGUGAAAUUCACACCCACAAGGAAACCGAUCUUUUCUAAGUAGUUUGUGGUCUGAAAUGAUUACGGUCUCAGUUGUUGUCUAUGGACUCAUCUAAACAUGCUACCAAUGAGGAUAUAAAGCUUUUUAAUUUGUGCUGAAUGUCUGGAUUGCCAUGGUUGAAGACGACUUGACGAUCUCUGGACCGGCCAAUAUUACCUCUAUUAACAGGUUACAGGACCCAAAAUGAAAUAAAAACAAAAUUCAAUUCUAUCAAUCAAAUUGAGUACAUUCAAAUAAAA